ACACAAGCUGUCCGACGCAUCUCACUGUGCCAGUUUUUGAACACCGGCGGCCGUCAUUCAGAUGUGUCUGUCACGUGAUGCCGGAGUGAUGUCUGCUUCAAGGAACCCGACUUCCAUUUUUACUUAAACUCCAUCAGGCGCUAUGUCCGACAGCAGAGAACCGACCAGUCUCGACCACAGUGGCGAGACCUACUGCGGCGUGGGGAGCUUCAGGCCACGUAUUCUGCAGCCAUGCAAGCAUAUCCUGUCGUUCUCUUUGGUUUAUGGCUUCGCCGGACUUAUCUCCCAGAGUCUCAAUUUCUACAUCAACUCUCAGGUCACAGCCCUUGAGAAGCAGUUCCAACUGGACAGCACCACCACCGGCAUCAUCCUCAGCUGCAACGACAUCGGCUUCCUCUGCACGGUCCUACUAGUCAGCCAUUUUGGAAGCAGUCGCCACAUUCCCAGAAUUCUGUCUGCGGCCUGCUUCCUGUUUGGUAUUUCCGGUAUUCUUGUGAGUCUGUGUCAGUUUGUCGACCCGUUCUACUUACCACAGCUAUCAGAUUCUGCUGUUGCCAAUUCCUCUACGAAAGUGUUCACUGCUCCGUUGUGUCGGCAUGGCAACGUGUCCGAGAUGGAAGAAUGCGGAGCCGAUGUGAUCCAGUCAUCGUUGGGUCCUCGCUGGGUGGUGUGGAUGCUGGGGGCGGGGAUGGUGCUUCAGGGGAUCGGAAAGUCACCCCGGACGUCCCUCUCUACAGCCUACAUCGACAACAACAACCCUAUCAAGACCAAAACAGGACUGUAUCUGGGUAUAAGCACAACGAUGAUUGUGUUCGGACCGGCGCUUGCAACAGCACUAGGAGGUGUAUUCCGACAGAUUCCCGUGGAUCUACAAGAGACCUCUAUGGCCCCAACACACCCGAAAUGGAUAGGCGCUUGGUGGAUAGGGUUCCUGCUGUUUGGAUGUCUGGGAGUUAUUCUUGGACUUCCUCUGCUGUUAUUUCCUAAACGCCUACAACCAUCGUCAAGCACGGCUACUGCCGAGGACGCAAACAACUCAGUUAUCCACAGCAUCAAAGAUCUGCCCCGGUCCGUGUUGCGAGUGGUGCGGAGGCCCGUGUACACGCUUUGCGUCACUGGGCUCAUGUUCCUCAUCUUCGUUGUGGCCGGAACAGAGUCCUUCAGCUCCAAGUACGUGGAGAAGCAGUUCAUGGUGCCGGGAUACAAGACCAACAUAAUACUGGGUGUGCAGAAGUUGGUGUCGGUGACGAUAGGGACGUUUACAGGGGGAUUCCUGACAUCACGGCUCAAGUUGACCCGGCUUGGGUGCAGCAGGAUGAUCCUGACAUCGGUGUGUCUUUCGUGUUUCUUCAACUGUCUGGACUUCUUCCUUGGAUGUGAAACUCCCCACAUACGUGGCUUCAGUUCUGGAGAAGAGGACGUUGUGUUUGAGGACGGCAUCACUGCAUGCACGUGCGACACCACCAACUACUUCCCAGUGUGUGGAGACAACAUCACCUACUUCUCCCCCUGCUUUGCCGGUUGUACCAACCAGUCCCAGUCGCUUUAUGGUGGCUGUAGCAAGGUGACCAGUGGUCAGACGACAGCUGGGAUGUGUGCUACCGACUGCCCCUACCUCUACUACUACAUCGCCGUCGACAUGGCCAUGAGACUGUGCGGCACGCUGUCUAUUAUGCCAAUGUAUAUGCUGCAGAUCAGGAGUGUUGACGAGCGAGACAAAGCUAUGGCGGUUGGCCUGCUGUCCUUCCUGGCGUCUCUCUUAGGGUUCUUGCCUGCACCCAUCAUCGCUGGCAAUGUGAUCGAUAGCACCUGCCUCAUCUGGGAUGUCACGUGCGGCGUGAGGGGGUCAUGUGCACAGUAUGACCUGACAUCACUGAGAUUGAGGCUCAAGGCUCUAGAGGUCAGCGGUAAGGUCAUGGCGAUCACCUUCUUCCUGAUCACCCUGCUUGUACUGAGACGCGAGGAAAGGAACGCUGAAACAUAUGGUACAAAAGAAGAGAAACCACAGAACUCGAACAACACGAUACAAGCAACCAAAUUUUGACAUACACUGUGAAAAGGAAUAUUAAUAAAAUAUGAUUCAAGCUUAUUGUCAAUUUUUAAGAUUCGAUAUGUUGAACAUUUAGAUGAAUUUGCAAUACCCGCGUUUCAAGUUUGCCAAUUUAUAUUAUGUUGUUAAAGGGUUACUUUUAACCAGGAGGAUGAUACGAAACUCUGUGUCAACCAAACAUAGCUCAGGCCAGUUUGAUCUAAGAUAGUUUGAACAAACAUGGGCCUUUGUA